ACAUAAUGGAGGUCACAGCUCUCUGCAUCGGACUGUUGACAAAUGUGUUGAUGGUUGUGGUUGCACAUGUUCACUGUCCUCCGAAAGAUGAUUUUCCUCGUAUUCUCCCAAACAGACUGCAGUUUUUUGAAUAUGAGUCCAUCAAUUUUACCUGUCAGUUUGGCUGCGUGGCUGAAUGGAGCGUGAUGAGGACACUGGAGAAUAUUGUUCCAACAAACAUCUCUAACUGGGUGACAUCAGCAGGAUCUGGCACCAUCAAACCUGCCUUUUCAUCAGACAGUGGAGCGUACUGGUGUGAAGCGGGAGACGGACUGAGAAGCAAUUCUCUCAGCAUCUCUAUCACAGCUGGUUUAGUGAUCCUGGAGACUCCUGUUCUGCCUGUGAUGGAGGGAGACACUGUGACUCUGAGCUGUAAAAAGAAGAAAACUCCCGAUGACCUCGCAGCUGAUUUCUACAAAGAUGGGCUCCGCAUUAAGACUGAAUACAAAGGAAAAAUGACCCUCUAUAAUGUGUCUACAUCUGAUGAAGGACUCUACAAGUGUAACAUCUCUGGAGCUGGAGGAUCACCAGAGAGUCAGCUGGCUGUCAGAGUGCCAGGAAGAGAAAGUUCAAUUGAUCCACAUCAUGCAACAUAUGCUGUUGUCAAAAAAACAAGAAGGGGAAAAGUCCCGGGUGGUGGUGAUGAUGUCGUUGAACCACACCAGGCAACAUAUGCUGUUGUCAAAAAACCAAAGAAGGAGAAAGGUGGUAAGGAUUUGGAUGAUCCACACGAUGCCACAUAUUCACUUUUGGAAUGGAAGCAAAAAGAACCGACAGCAGGAAGAAAGAAAGAAGCAAGGACAAAGCCAGGAGAGAAUGUUGUCUAUUCUUCAGUUAACUUCACAGCAGGAGACGUGUCUAACAGGCCACAGAAAGCAGAUGCACCUGACUAAAGGACAAGUAGGACAAGAGUCAAUUGUCUUUCAAAUGAUACAGUCACUAAAUGAUGUUACAGUGACACAGUGUUUUAUCUUUUUAAAUGGUUGUAAAAAGCCUGAAUCGUCUCUCCGUAGCAGUAUUUUUAAUGGACUGGUUAUUUUGAUAUUACAUUUCAGGCUGUUGACAUGCACUGUUUGUACGUAUUCCUAUGAAAAGUAAUGCACCAACAUUUGUACAUAUCCUAUGUAACAAUGAGGCAGUAAUUUGUGUAUAUCCUAUGUAUUUCGGAAGGCUGCAAUCAUGUGACCUACUGUAUGUGCUGACAGCAGUGAAGAAGGACGUGGUCCUGAGUGCUGUAGUUAGGAGGCAAGGUGGGGUGAUGGAUGGGUCAUAAAACACAGGGCUUUGAGUCAUUUCAAGGUAUGUCGUCACCUUGUUUCUUUCUCUCAACCUAACCUCCCUAACCUUAUGUUAAUUAUGUAACUUUAAGUUAACGACAGAUGUUGGGUGCUAAUUUGCAGGAUAUCAAACAAAACUUUGUGUGUGCAUUUUCGUAGGAUAUCAUGUACGUUUUUUAUGAUUUAAAAAGUUUAGCAUCAGCAAAUGUCAGCAGUGCAUUUACAUUUUUAAAUACGAUCCUCAGCUAUUGUUGUUAUGUUUUUCUGAGGCCAUUUCCUGGUUUGAUCUUGUGUUUCUCCAACACAGAUGACAGGACAUUGACACUCCACACAUUUUGGUUUCUUGAAAAUAAGACCAGAUUCGAAUGCCAGUUCCUCCAAAUUUUAAGAUCUUGUGAGCAAUGUAAAAAAACAAAAAUAAAAAAAAAAACAAAACAAGAAUUUCUCCCCCUUACCAUGCAGGGAGAAGGCCAUAAGGGCAGACUAAGGGAAAGUGGCUAAAACAAAAACAAAAAACAAAAAAAAUGAAAGCUGUUUGCAAGAUUUGUACAUUUAAGAACUUAAUUGGGACUCUGUUUAACCAGACUGAAAGGGUUUGUCACAUAAUAGAAAUGAUCAAAAGUAUGUUGUUUAUUACACAUUUAUGGCAGCUGUGACCAUGCAUAACUGGCAAAGGAAAAUCUCUGCAUAUUUCUAUGCACAAAUUGAAAAUGCAUGUCAAAACAGGUAGAUGGAAAUUCACUUAAUGCCUAUUGAAGUGGACUGAUGAAACAAUUUAAAAUAGUCACUGUUCACAAAAUUCGAAAGGGUUCACAUGGUUCAUUGUCCUCUUUUGUCUUUCUCUGGCUUCUUUGGUUUAGUCACACCAUCAGUGUCUAUUUUCAAAGUGAGCAGUUCAUUAGAGCAAAACAGUUGUUUCAUCCACAUUAACCACACAGUUUUAUCUGCUGUCUGCUCACACGACACGUCAACUGCUGCAGUUCUUAAAUACACUCACUGUGGUCAACAAUAUGCAGUUACAACAGUGUGACCUGAAGACACACUGAGUUUAGAGACACAUUUAUAUUUGGUUUCCCCUAACAUACUAAACCACAGAUAUCUGUUUCCCACACCCCCUGCUAUCUGUGGGGCCCAGUCUUCAUACAGCCUGACUAUAUUUUUAAACCCAAACAGAGUGCUUGAGACACGUUCAACUUGUGGUAACUUUGAGACAUGAACUCUUUCUUCUUCUUCUGUCUCACUUAAUCCCUUUCGGUUAUAUCAAAGCAGAAUGUGCUUCAAUAAAGUUAAAAGUUUAGAUCCAAUAAUACACAGGCCUUACAUUGCAUGUGCACAUUACAGAAAAUUGACCGUACAGUAUACCUAACAUGUUCUCAUCCCAAGUUGUCACAUAUUUUUGCUUUGUCAGUGGACUUUAACAUCCACAUAUUACGCAAUAGGUAUCCUCUUGUGUCUGCUGUUGAAGCUCUGGGAUGCUGCUACCAAAGUUGGAGUGUCAACAAAAGCAAAUGAGUAGGAGCAGAGAAAAACAUCAUGGUUUGGCUCUACAUUCAUACGGGAAGCAAACACCUGGCUCCCCUGUCUUUUUUGACCCAUCCACCACCCCUCAAUUAACACUGUCUGGCUGUGUAUCAUACCAACACAUGUGUUUUAUCAACUCAUGCCGUCCAUCCAUGUACCAUACUGCCACUACUGGUGCCGUCUGGCUGACUAGCAGCGAAACACCAUAAAAAGUUCCAGCCAGCCACAUUACACACUGAUGCUGCCCAACGACGUAUCAUACCACUGCCAAAGGUAGCUUCUGGCGUCAGUGUCAGACGACACAAUCAAUGCAAAGCAGUGAUUUUUGAUGACUUAGGAAUCAGACCAGCCUGGUAUCGCACUGGUAAUGUUGCCAUGUGCAGGGUACAGUGACAACCUUUUCUCUAGCUAUUAUGGUGAUAUGUGACUUUGCUGUCCCAGAUAUGUUGUGGUGACAAACUUAAUCACUUCCUGCAUUAUGUUACCAGGACACAUUUUUUGAGUAAAGCAAGUGCUAAAUUUCUGUACCACACGCUGCAUCCUUAGUUCUGUGUGCUUAGGUUCAAGCAACAAAAUCAUUCCAGUUAAGGUUAAUUACAGACUAUAAACCUGUUGUGUCUUGUGUAAGAAGUAAUUUUUGACUUGUUCCGUAUGUAAGGAAGACCAUUUUCUUAGUCCUGUGAAUGCCACAACAUAACAAUGACAUCAAGCUUCAGCUGCUACAUGCAAAUAUUGUUUUACCACACUGGAUACUGUACGGGACACUAAUGAGGCACAUUUGACAUUUUGCAACUUUGCAGAUACCUUAAUCGAAAAUGUCUCCUUAUUACAUUAAUAAACAACAAAAUUCUGGCAGCAUUACGUUUCCUUAAACAUAUACAUUAUCUGUUGUUUAAAAUGAGUUCCUGGAAGAUAGGGUUGAUCUGUGACUCUAUAAGAUCCUGUAGAAAAUGUAUGUAUAUGAAAUUGAUGGAUUUGUGUUGAAUAGAUGAAUUCUUAAUAUAUUCCGCAUGCCUUACCGCCACCCAGUCAUGAAUAUAUAAAUAAAAUCAUUACCUUUUGAACAAGAUGUCAGUUCCAAACUUUUCCUCAAACCUCACCAGAAUGCCUCACAGACAUUGAAGAAUCAAAUUAUGACAGAUAAUAAAUGUCAUUUGCCCCUUUUUUUUAUUCAAGGGAAUAUUAAGAGAAUUUCAGUGUGAGCACCUUUCCUUGUUUUGUGACUGCUGUCUGGAUGCAACUUUAGUUACCUGAAUAAAAAGGCACAGUCUAUUUUGGUGCUCAAGUUUUUGGCUUGGUUUGGACACCUUAACUUUGCCAGUUUGAUGAUUCAUGCACCUUAAUUUUAACAAUGACCCAAACUGUGUUUUCAUUUUUUUAAUAUUUUACAGAACAAUGUUAUUGCUCUUCAUUAUCUGCCAUGUGGCUUUUUAGCCUCUUCUUCAUGUAUGUUUUGUGCAUAUUGUUAUGUUUUGAAUGUUUUUGUGAUAUUAUCUGUCCUUGUUUGUACUUGUAUAUAAAACGUUUUUAUUCUACUGUAUGCCCAUCUUACCAGGACUCCCCUGGUGAAGAG